AUGGUCCUAGAUGAUUGCUUUAGCGCCAGCUAUAACUUCUGCAGCCAGAAGGCCUGGGGCAGCGUGGACACUCUGGCCCUGGUCCGGUGGCGACGGCAGAGGCCAGAGGAGCUGCAGAUUCCGGGGAACUGGAAAAUGGCCUGCAGGAGAUUGGAGGCAGCUGCACAGGAGCAGGGCUGCCUCCAGGUGAAGGCGAGCACCCUGGAAUCCUGGAGCCGGGGAGCACGAAGGACACACAGUGGCCAGGGGAGACCAAGUGUGGAUUCCUCGGCUCAGCCUUGCUCCAGAUGCACUGCGGGGGAAUCUGGACAUUUUAACCAUACAGAGAAUUGUUAG